GCAGACGACAAAAUAUCGACCGCAAACAACAAAACGAACAACAAAAACGAUGCGCGAGGCUACUUUUAAGGCGGGUAUGAGAAACGUAGCGGUCAUUGAUUUCAGUUUUGAAUUCUUGUAAACAGCAGACGCUCGACGUCAUUCAGCACGUGGUUCUCUUGCCAUUUAUUGGCGUUUUGAAAUAGACAUUUUAUGUUUCACCAUGUUUGCACUGUGCAAAUACAAGCGCGACAGCAAAAUAGACGCCCUUCCUGUCUCUGAGAUUCAUGUAGUGGUUAAAAAGGAUGGAGAAAAGACCUUCGAACCCUUUGCACCAACAGGUGUGUCGGACUUCCGCCCAUUCAAACAGAAAAAGUAUGUCGUUUUCUCUGAAGAAGGUGGUCUUGAACGAAGAUGGUACAUCACAAUUGGUCGUUUGGGAGCAUCCCGAAAGAAACUCUUGAAGAAAGCGUCGAAAGUUGAAUGGCUCCCUUCUAGAGAUGCUAGAGAAUCAUUUCCCAGUGACAGCACUGAGGCCUCAGCUCCAACAGGCACUCCUGUCGACCCUGCAAUUGAGCCGAGUGUUAUGGAUGUGGAUGACAAUCCAGGAGAGAUAUCUGCAACAAUGGAAGCUGUAGAACCGACUAAAGCCCCCAUAAACUCAGCUGAUGAACGAACAAGCAAGGAUAUGGAUGAACCCAUGACGGACGCCGUUAAAGCUGUGAGUGACGAACCGAAACCACCCCAGACAUUUGUGAAACUGGCAGUCUUCGAGGAAGCAAUGUCUCUCCAAGGAAGAGCAAUCAGAGCUCUGGAGGAGCAACUCCAGGAUACCAACAAUCGCCUUGAUGCAUGCAAGAGAACUUUACCUGACCUUGAUACCAUUUUUAUUCAAGCGAUAGAGGGCACUGUUAAAAACGAGUUCUCCAGACUGCAGAAUUCCUUUGAUAUUUUGCAGGGGGCUUUUCAGAAGUUACUUUCUUGCCUGCAAGAUAUUAAGGAAAAGGGGAAUAUGGCUCAAGUACUGGAUUGGGUCAAUAAAAUCCCCACUGAUUUGAAUCUGAGCAUGGCCAUAACAGAUGUUAGUAAGACCAAUGUCAAGGAGAAGCUUGACGGGUCAUCAUCUGAUGACACGCUUGAAAAUGUGUCAGAAUCUAGUACUUGGUUACGCUUCAUUAGUAGCCAAAAUGGAACCCAGGUUGCCGAGGGUAGCAUAACAACUGCUUCAGAUGAAACAACUCAACAUAAGUCAGAUUCCAAUCAGCAGAUGCAAACAGAAAUUGAGGAUGAUGCUGUAACUGUUCGAAAUAAGUUAGACUCCAGUCAACAGAUGCAAACAGAAGUUAAGGAUAGUGCUGUUACUGUUCAAUAUAAGUUAGAUCCCAGUCAGCAGAUGCAAACAGAAAUUAAGGAUAAUGCUGCUGUGAUACCUGCUGUCAGCUUUUAUAGCCGUAGGGCAUAAAUAUUCCAAAGAAUUGUUUCUAAUUGCUUUCUCCUUAAUUGUUAAGGCUUUUAUUUGUAAUUGUGCUUUUCAAGAUCUCAAAGACAAAUGUGUCAAUCUUAGAAAUGCUUUUUAUUUUUGACAAUGAAACUGAUUUUUAUUGAACUGCUUUGUUAAGGCUGUCGCAUAUUUUUGUUCAAGACUUUGCAUGCUUGAUUUCUAUUUAUUUGAAAACCAUUCAAAUAAUGAUAGAAGGCUCUUUUGUUUUUGACAGAUUUUACUGAUUGGACGCUUGUUCACAAUGUUAAAGUAAUAAAUCGUUUUUUGUUUUUUUUAU